AGAACGGCCGAUUGGGAGCUAUCUUGUCCUUCUUCACCAUAUGCUCUCCCUUCACUCUCUCGUCUUCUUCUUCCACCACUCUCUUCUCUCUGUUUCUCCACAUCUCAGUGAGAAUAAUCUUCACAAAUUUUAUUUACGGAGCUCUUUUGUUUGUCUUAUUAACCUUUCACUAAAACCCUAAUCUUCUCUUGUUAUAUAUCUCGUGAUUCUUGUUUCUCCUCCAAUCUCUCUUCCCCUCUGUACUAACCAAUUGAGUUCCUUCAGUAAAACUUCACUCGUUGGCCAGUUUCUUUGGUUUUCACAAAAAUCUCAGAUUCCAAUUGUUUUUUUUUUUCCUUUCUUUCUCUGCUUUUUAUUUAUAUGACGAACAUUAAUAAGAAUCUUUCUUUCCUCUUCUUAUUUACGUAAAGUUUUUGACCUUUUUAUUCCCUUUAAUUUUGUAUUUAUACAGAAGGUUUAGGUGUUUUACUAUCUUAAAUAUUAAAUCAGAAUAUUUAAUUUCAUUUUCCUCAAUUUCAUAAACAAAAGAGGGACAUAAACAGUGUUACAGUGUACUUGCACACACACUGGUUUUGGUUUUCAACAUCGGCCUUAUUUUUUUCCUCGGCCAAGAAAUGUCGGCUUGCUUAAGCAGCGGCGGCUCCGCCGCCGCAUACAGCUUCGAGUUAGAAAAACUAAAAUCGCCACCGUCGAGCUCAACCACCACGACAACGAGAGCUGCUUCACCGUCAUCAACAAUCACCGAAUCUUCAAACUCCCCGCUCGCAAUCUCGACAAGAAAGCCAAGAACGCAGCGGAAACGACCAAACCAGAGUUACAACGAAGCGGCGGCUCUUCUCUCCACCGCUUAUCCCAACAUCUUCUCUCCCUCCUCGAUCAACCACUUGUACGCUCACAAGAAAACUCAUCAGAAUCCCCACUUCUACGGAUUCGACGAGGACGAGGCUGAGCUGCUUCUACUCUCUGAAUCAAUCGAGGAGCCGGACUUUCUCUUUCUCCCGGCGAUUCAAGCCAGAUAUUCCGAUCAGAAAGAGGUGAACUCCGGCGUGAGUAUCAACGAGUCGGAGGUGAGUCAGUUUGAGUUUUCCGACGAGUUCGACGCGGGGUCGAUUCUCGGUGAGGAAGUUGAAGAGGGGAUCGAUAGUAUAAUGGGGAAACUCGAACCGGGAAUCAAUCGUGGCCGUCGAAUUAACCGGUUAAGUCAGAUCAUGACGAUGAAUAGAGGAUUCAAAUUCGCCGAAAAUAUCCCACUGGGACUUGGACUGAGAAGCGCUCUCAGAGACCACAACGACGCUAACCGGUGGAGAAUCCACACCGUCGAUUUCGAUCAGAUCUCGCCGCCAAUCCAAACCGUCGAUGAUGUGAAGACGGAGGUUAAGAAGAGCAAGAAGAAGAAGAAGAAAGUUGCGGCGGCGGCGUCGACGGAAUCGAGUAAAGAAGAGACGGAGGAGAGAUCAGGCCAUCCGAUGCUGAAGCUCGACUACGACGGCGUUUUGGAAGCUUGGUCUGAUAAAGCGACGCCGUUUCCGGAUGAGAUUCUGGGAUCGGAAGCUACCGGAGCCGACGUCAAUGUCAGAUUAGCUCAGAUUGAUUUGUUCGGAGACAAUGGAGUGCGAGAGGCAAGUGUUUUGAGGUACAAAGAGAAACGUCAAACUCGGCUUUUCUCCAAGAAAAUUAGAUACCAAGUUCGAAAACUCAACGCAGAUCAACGUCCUCGAGUGAAGGUAUCUUCACCCACCUUAAUGCGUGGUUAAAACAUGGACGAUUCGUGAGAAGGCCCAGUGCAAGCCCUCCACGUUGUCAAAGAUAGAUAACAAGGAAAACUUAGCCAAGAUUCUUCCUUUUAUUUUUCCUUCUUAGUUUUUUUAUAAAUUUUGUCACCCUCAUUUUGUUCCUUGAUUUAUAGUAUAGACUUUUUCCUUCCUUAAAUAAGGAUUAUGAAGAAGAUUUUAAUUCAGAGAAAGUGAGGGAUCAAAACGAAUAAUUUUUUCUCUUGUUUUUUGCUUGCAUAAGAAAUGUGUUGAACUCAA